AUGAAUAUCACCAAGAAGUUUGACCGCGCCUUCCAAUGGGCCGGAGAGAAGAUGGGCGGCGAAGCCAAGACGACCAUGUCAGACGACUUCAAGAUGCUCGAGACCGAGAUGGCGCUGCGCUUUGAGGGCAUGGAACGUCUCCAGAGGUCAAUGAACCAGUAUGUCAAGUGGAUGGGCCGGCACCUUGAGCCUUCUGAGGACAGGGAAAAAGCUCUUCCAGUCGGAUACCUGGGUCGUACCAUGGUCGGCCACGGCGAGGAGUUCCACCCAGACUCUGAGUUCGGCAACUGCUUGGUAACAAUGGGCCGCGCCAACGAGAGGGUGUCGGCAAUCCAAGAAACCUUCGUCGGCGAGGCGACAGCGUCAUGGUUGGAGUCUCUUGAGAGGUCCUUGGCGAUGAUGAGGGAGUACCAGACCGCCCGCAAGAAGCUCGAAACUCGCCGCCUGAACUAUGACACAAGCAUGGGCAGGGUCCACAAAGCCAAGCGCGACGAUUUCCGCCUCGAAGAAGAGCUCCGCGGCGCAAAGGCCAAAUACGAAGAGUCCUCUGAGGAUGUGCUGCGCCGCAUGCAAGACAUCCAAGACAUGGAGGCCGAAAGCACGCGCGACCUGACCCAAUUCCUGGAUGCCGAACUGGAAUACCACGAGCGAGCGGCCGAGGAGCUCCGUCGCGUCCGCCAGAACUGGCCCAGCAACGUCUCCCCAAGCUACAGCCCCGUCGAGCGGCGCCCGACCGUGCGCAGCCGUGCCAACACAACGCAGAGCUACACCGACCGCCUGUCACGCACAAGCACCUUCGAAACUGAACCCAGCACCGCGCCCCCGGUCCGCAUGCCCGUCCGGCCUGCGCACUCGCGCAUGCAGUCCUUCACCCAACAAGCCGACGGCCCCGUCCGCCCAGCCAUCGGCAAGCCAAGCCACGCCAGCGCCAGCUUCCAGGGCGGCGCGACCCUCACCCGCGAGCGUGGCGCCAGCGUCUCCUCGACCCCCACCCCCGCACACAACACCGCGAUGAAUGUGGGCGCUCUUCGCGGCCAGCUGCGUCCCGUCAGCAGGAUCGUGACCGCGCCAAUCAACAACAAUAAUCACAACGACGUCUUUGCCGACCGCGACGACGAUAGUGGCGCCAGCGACGCCGGCAGCCCCAGCUGGGGAAACCGCAGCACCAGCUCGACGACCAGCGUCGGGAGCCUGAGCCGCACCCCGAGCAACAACGCCGGCAUAAGUAAUGGUAAUUUCAACGUGCUGGGCGGGCUGAAGAAGGUGCCGCCGCCGCCGCCGCCGAGCAGGGCCAAGAAGCCCGCUCCGCCGGUGCCGGCGAGGCGCGAGGUUGCGUACUAG